ACUAUUAGGUAAAAUAGUCGUAGAGCCUGUGUAAAAAUGACAUACAUAUAUUUUAUUAACCAAGGCGUUCUCACAUGAGUUUUUCGCACGCUUCACUGUUGCCUCGGAGGAUUAUACCCAUAUUGUUCAUUUAAUCACCAUAACAAAUAGUGUAUCAGGCGCAGUGAUAUUGAAUAUAAAGGCGUGUGUAUUACCGUCAUUGGCAUAGGUUUUCUUUAUGCGGACGAUGCUGUCGCAGGACAAAGUAACACAUUACAGCCCACGUUACGCGAUGAAAUACGCUGCCGUUGUUUUAGGCGCAGUUCUUGGACUAACACUGUGAUCAAUACAGCUCGUGUCCAAACUAGUUAGCCUAACAAGAGGCGUGACGUACUUUGGUUUGUAAUUUUAGACACAGUGUAUGACACUUCCAAAAAAAUUAAAGAAAGCCAUUUGAAAAAUAAUAAAAAAAUAUAGAGGCAAACAUAGCUUCGUAGAAAAAUUGCGAAUUUCCUUUUUACGUUAAGUGUUGGUAUAGCCAUUCCGCCUAAUAAAAACAAACAUCGAAAUAUCCAUGUGCAGUAAAAAAACAUCGUAAUCUGUCAAUUAGUAUGAUCCCGGGAAAGUCUACGGUUCUGUUUAUCGCUUUGGUAGCUUGAUUUAUGUAUUUCGAGUAAAUGCCUUCUUCCUUUGAAACAUAACUGGGAAAAUUAUCAGGUGCGUUAUUUGUUACCUUGGUUAGGCCUAAGCUUAAUAGUGCAAAGAAAGUUGUUAAUUAGCAGUAAUUUGAAUUCGCAAUUACAAUAGUGGGGGAAUAAUAUUGUGGAGGAUAAAGUUUCCUGUUGAUUGAAAGUUUCAUAGCUUGUAUGUGUGUGUGAAUUAGGGCAGUAUUAUUGUGUGAGCAGUAAAUCAUCUGCAGAGAUAAUCAUCUUGCAGCCUGUAGCAAGGAAGCUUCAGACCAGAAGAAUAGGACUGAAGGACAUUCAGCAAUAGGAGAUCAUAAAUUUGUUGCACUGGAGGAAGAUCACAUAAUCACUGCACUGGACGAAGACGAAACGGAUUCAGCACUGGAGGAAGAUCAAAGCAGCCACCACAUAGGAGGAAGACCAAAGCAGCUGACUACGCUGCCGAAAACACAGCACAGUCGUUUCAAGAGACCUGCCAACAGAAUGUCCCUAGCACUUAAGUCUGGAGGAGGUAGUAGAGGUGGGCCCUCAUCCUCUGGGGGGGCUGGGGCGAGUUCAUCAGCAGCUACGCUAUCUGCAGACUUAGCUUCCCUGUUUGAGUGCCCAGUCUGCUUUGACUAUGUACUGCCUCCCAUCCUGCAGUGCCAGUCGGGUCACCUGGUUUGUUCCCAAUGUCGCCCGAAACUCACUUGCUGCCCCACAUGCCGUGGCCCACUUGGCAACAUCCGCAAUCUUGCAAUGGAAAAGGUGGCAUCGACGGUGACAUUUCCGUGCCGCUAUCAGACGACAGGAUGCCAGGCGGCGCUGCUGCACUCUGAGAAGGGCGACCACGAGGAGGGGUGCGAGUUCCGGCCAUACGGCUGUCCCUGCCCGGGUGCCUCGUGCAAGUGGCAGGGUGCACUGGACGCGGUGAUGCCACACCUGGUGACGUCACACAAGUCGAUCACGACGCUGCAGGGUGAGGACAUCGUCUUCCUCGCCACAGAUAUCGGCCUGCCCGGGGCCGUCGACUGGGUCAUGAUGCAGUCUUGCUUCGGACACCACUUCAUGCUGGUGCUCGAGAAGCAGGAGAAGUUUGACGGCCACCAGCAGUUCUUUGCCAUCGUGCAGCUGAUCGGGUCGCGCAAGCAGGCGGAGGGGUUUGCCUACCGGCUAGAGCUGAACGGGCAGCGGCGCCGGCUCACUUGGGAGGCGACGCCCCGCUCCAUCCACGAGGGGGUCGCCUCUGCCAUCCUCAACUCGGACUGCCUGGUGUUCGACACCUGCAUCGCGCAGCUGUUUGCCGACAAUGGCAACCUGGGCAUAAACGUGACGAUAUCGAUGGUGUAGCGAGGUGGGGGCGGCGGCAGGAAGGGUGGUGCUCGGGCCGGGGCAGAGGAGGGCGCAGAUGGUGGGGGGCGGGAUGCCUGCGGCCCUGUGGAUGGUGCCGGAGAUGACUGUCCGGUGUCAGACGCACAAGAGUUGCUCCGCCUGCUGUCCGGUGACUGACUGAUGGGAGUGACUCCUGCCAUCCCCACUCGGGAGGCUCAACAGACUGUGACCGGGGCCCGUGACAGGCCGAUCCUGCAGACACUGCCGUUCCCAUCUCCCACUCGUGUGUUAGUGUAUGUGUAAGAUUACUCUGGGACUGAAGCUGUAUUCCUACCGCAGCACCCCUCUGUGUGACAAAUUACUAUGUGACAACUCCUAAAAUUGCACCUGUUCCCAGUAUAAUUUCUUCACUUUGAAAAAAGUAUAAUACAACGGUGUGUCUCCGUAAUGAAGCCUAGCAGUGUGUCAUCAACGUGGCAAGUGCUCAACAGAUUCCCAUCGAGUCAUUUUGAGUAUUAUAUUAGCCCUGUUGUGCUUAUAGUACACUUGUAAACACCAUGUGAAAACUCUUUUAAAAGUCUUUCCGGGAGCAGUGUCGGGAUAGCGUACGAUUUUGUUACUUUGAGGCUAGAUCUCUUGCAUUCCAGAAUGUGAUUUGCUCGUUUUCCCCGCUCAGCAAGAGUUAAAUCUUUUGGGCCAGCGAGUUAAUCUGGAAUGGUGUAAUUUACAAAUAACUGUGUUUGUGGGCCAGACAUUGAUUAAUGUUUUUAGUAUCUGACUAUUUGUGACUGCUGAAAUUCUUACAGUUCCAAAGAGAAACUGAUGUCUGUGUUGUAAACGGCAGUCUGAUUAAUACACAUAUGUGAUAACCAUUGCAGUUCCUGUAAUAUUGUAGAUGAUGUUUAAAAUUUGUGUGGCUGUGGGUCAGCCUAUUCCUGUAACACUAUAAUAUUUAAGUGUGUUAACUGAAUCAAAAUUUUUUGAUAGGCACAAAAUUAUAGUUAAAUAAUUGUACUCAAUGCUAUGGAGGCAGAUAUUAUAAUCAUCGUCAUAUAGUAACACUUACUUAGUUUAAAGUGCAGUGUGAUUCUGUUUACUGGGAUAUAUGUGGAGUCCUAAAAUCAUACAAUGAACGACACUCCUACAUAAUAACAACAACUAUAAUUGUCUUUAUUUUUAUUUUUGUAAUGAUCAGACAUUCUUGUGUAGCGACUUGCUUCUUUAAUCUUCCUGUGAAAUUUAAAGCUCUUGUUUCAUGGUAAUAACCAUCAUUUUAGUCUCAUGAAGUUAAUUUCUAGAAACAUUUAAUCACAGUAAUUGCUUUGUAGUUCCAUGGUGCAAAAAGUGGUCUUUUAGGUACUUUGAGCAUCAUGUAAGCGCCCACAAAGAAUGCUCACCGGCUAGAUGUUAAAUGUAAAUUUUCUCAUAUGACUGCACAAAUCAAGAUUUUUUUUUAUUAAUUUAAAAAUAAUAUACAUAGUAGAAAGACACUUCGGUUGUUCCUUUUAUCGCUGAUUUGCAAUCGUGUAGCUGUGUUCUUUCAUUCCUGCUUAAUACAACAUUUCAGUGUCAACUAUUCUCAAAUCAACAUUUUUAAUUAUUUAAAAUAUUAUACAGAUUAGAAAGACUUUGUUUUUCUCUUUUACUGAUAAUUUGCGAUCAAGAAGCUGUGUUCUUCCUUUAUUGUUUAAUCUGACAUCUCAUUCCAGUGCUCUCGCCACUUGAUUUGAGGUUUGUUUGUUUGUUUGUGUUGACGUGCCCCUGACAUUUGCACCAUGUGAACAUCUGCUGGUUCAAAUAAUAAAUGAAGUAAUCUUGCUAACUGUUCAUUAGUUACUUAGAGUAAGUUACUUUAAACAUUUGGCAGCUUGUCACAUAAAUGUUGGACGUAAACUGGGCAUUGGCACAAUUUGUAGAUACUGGUCUGUUAAAUUAGAUCAAAUUGUGUGAAAUAUAUUAUGUGGAAGUAAUCUGA